CAAACCCCAUCCUGUCUACCAUAAUACGCAGGCGCAUCUCCUCAAACCCGUUCCCUGCCAUACAGCUCUCUCUCUUCAUUUCUUUCUCCCUGAACUUCCAGCAUCUCAGCAAGUUCAAACUCUCCUGCGUGAGGGUGGCGGCGAUCGAGAGGUCACGUGAUGAGCAUCUUGCUGCCCAACAUGGCGGAAUUCGACACCAUCUCGGAACUGGAGGAGGAGGAAGAAGCAGCUACGUCCUCGUCCUCGUCGUCGCCGUCGUCGUCAUCGUCUGUAUCGGGGCUCGAGGAUGACGAGGGAGAUGAGGAGGAGGAAGAAGAGGAGGAAGAAGAGGAAGAGGAGAAGGAGCAAGAGGAGGAAACGCCGCCACCGCCUCGGGUAGUGAGCGAGGAGCACCUGCGGAGAUAUGCCCCCGACCCUGUACUGGUGCGGGGCGCCGGCCACAUCACCGUGUUUGGCUUGAGCAACAAGUUUGAUACUGAAUUUCCCUCCAUUCUAACAGGGAAGGAGGCCCCAGAUAGACAUACCAAGGGACCAAAUUCAACAUUAGAGCAAAAUCCAACAAGCCCCACAAAUAGCAGACCCAAAGCACCCAUAUAA